AUGUUUGAUAUAGCAUUAUUUAAAGAUAUAGAAAAUAAAAGUUUAGAAUACAAUAGAUUUCUUCAUUUAGAUGAAAGUAAAAAAGUGAAUUAUAAAGAAAAAGAAGAAUUAUUAGAAUUAGCAAAAGAACUACCUAAAUUGUAUCAAAGAAAUGAAAAUGAAGUAAUAUCAAAAUUAAUAACUAAUUAUAUUGAAAGAUAUCCAAAAUCAAUAGAAGGUUAUGAGUGUUUUAGUAAAUUCUAUUUAAAAAUAAAAAAUUAUAAAUCAGCAUUAAAUUUAAUUUAUGCAGCAUUAUAUAUUGAUAAAGAAAAUAGAAUAUUAAUCAACUUAUUAAAACGAUGUGAAGAAAACAUUAUUUCAAAAGCAUGUAAAAUACCAAUAAAAUAUAAAAAUUGGAUAUGUUAUCCUGAAAGUAGAAUAUAUAAAGAAGAAAAAUAUAAUAACGAUAAUAAUUUAAUAAAUGAAUGUUUAUAUAGCAAGAAUAUGCAUAUUAUUAAACAUGGUCAAUAUUAUGUGGCCUUAGCUAAAAAAAAUUUAUUACCAGGAGAAAUUAUAUUUCAAACAAGGCCAUUUAUAUUAACACAACAUGUAUUAUCUGAAAAUUUUACAUAUUCCACAUGUUAUCAUUGUUUAAGAGAAAGGAAUAUUGCCAAUAAAAGCUAUUCAUGCCCUAUUAAUCCACAUACUUGUCCAUAUAUUUUUUGCAAUUGGAGAUGUCUAAUUAAUAAUGUAAGAAUUCAUAAAAUAGAAUGUAGUAUUUUACCAAUAAUUUCUGCAGCAGCUAAAGAAUCAAAUUUAAUGUAUUACACAGUUCUUCAUAUUUUUCGUUUUUUAAUAAAAGCAAAAUUAGAUAAAGAAUAUAAAGAUAAAGAAUACAGUAUACUAAAUGAAAUAUUUAGUGUAGAAUCAUAUUACAAUUCAGUUAAACAAAGUCAAAAAGAAGCAUUUGAGUCAUUUAAUACUUUAGCAAAUAGAAUAAUAUUAGAAUUUCCUCCUUCUUUUUAUUUACAUUUAAAGCAAACAGAACUAGUAAGUCUAAUGCUAAUUUUAUGGCAAUAUUCUCCUUUUAUUAAAUAUUAUUCUCCAUCUUCUAUUAUUCAACAAGCAAAUCCAGAAACUACCUUUGGAUUAGCUUACUGCCCUUUACUAGCCAAAUUACACCACAGUUGUGUGCCUACUUGUAGCUUUUAUUAUGAUGAAAAUGGAAAUUUAACUAUUAGAUCUUUAUGUAAUAUACCUGAAGGAGGAAAAUUGUGUAUAAGUAUUUUAUCAGAUCAAUAUUUACCUCUUAAAAUCAGAAAAAAUUUUAGGGGAAUGCCUAGAGUUUUUGGUUGUGGUUGUAUUAGAUGUUCGGAUCCAACUGAAAACAAUUUGCAUUUAAGAAGCAUGAAAUGCCCAAGAUGUAUUUUAGGAUAUAUAUAUCCUAUUAAAACAGAAGCAUUAAUUGAAGCGUUAAAAUUAUAUAGGUUUGACAAACAAAAAGAAAAAAAAAAGAACAAAAAUAUCCCCUUGAAAAAUGGUAAAAUUUCAAAUGAAGAAACAGAUUCAUUAAAAGAAAUAAAAAUGAAAAAUGAAAAAGAAAAAGAAAUAAAGAACGAUAAAAAAAAAAACAAAAUUAGUUCAAAAGAGGAUACUUUAUCAUCUUGCAAUACUGCAAUCUUUAAUGAGAAAGAAAAAGAUAUACUAAAAAAAUUAGAAAGGGAAAUCGAAAGAUGGUUAUGUUCUAAUUGUGGAAAACUGUCUUUUUCAGGAAACAAAAGAUGCAUCAAAUUAGAAAAUAAAGCUUAUUUACUUUAUAACGAAGCAGAAAAAAAUUAUAUUAAUGGAAAUAUAAUACUUGCAAGAAAACAACUUUUACUCUUAUACAAAGAAUUUUGUUACAUAUUACAUCCAAAUCAUUAUAUCAUAUUUAAUACUAAUGUUUUAUUAGCCGGAUUACUAAGACAUGAACCUAACAAACAGCUGUUUGAUUCUUUAAUUUAUUUAAGAAAAGCAAUAGUAGCAGCAGAAGAAGUUUUGCCUGUUUGUUCACUAGAAAAAAUACAUUUAUAUUUACAUCUAGCUGACUAUACUUAUUGUUGUUCUAAUUUAUAUAAAAUAUACAAUAAAGGAUCAGGUAUUUCACCUACAUUUGUCAUAGAUCCUAUGUAUACAGCUAUUUGGAAUUCUUGUGUAAUCACAGGUUAUAAUUCUACACUAACUCUAGUACUAAUACAACGCUUAAGAAAUUUUGCAGUUUCAUUGAAUAUGUUUACACCUUAUAAAGAUAUUGAAUUUCACAUAAAUAAAAAAGAAGAAUUCUGUGAUUUUUAUUAUAAAGUAACCCAAAGAAGGAACGAUUCAUUUAAGAAUAUAAAAAAGGUGAUUGAUGAAAAUUAUUUUUACCCUAUUUAUAUGGCUUCUCAGUGUUUUGAUUUAGAUUUCGAAAAAAAUAAACACUAUGUGAGUAUUCUCAAAAGUUUUAGAAAAAUUCAAUAUUUCGGAAAUGGAUUAACUGCAUUAUGCUUAGCUGCUAGUUGUGGUAAUAUAAAUUUAGUUAAAGUCUUAUUAAAAUUAAAUUAUUCUCUCUUUUUUAAGAAUGAAUUAAAUAUGAAUGCUCUUUUAUAUAUGGCUAGUUCUUUUUUGCCUGAUGAACAAAUAAACUAUCAUUCAAAUUAUUAUUACACUCUUUUAAAAGAAAUAGAAUUGCAAAAUAUCAAUUUUGAAGAUUUUGAAAAGGAUUAUUAUAAUUCCCUUAAUAUUUUUAAGACAAAAAAAACAACAUUAUUAUCAAAAAAUGGAGAUAAUUAUAUAGAUUCUUAUAAUCAAAAAAAUUAUAUAGAGAAAACCUUUCAUUUUGAUAUAGUAUUAGAUGAAGAAUUUAUAUACGGUGAAAAAAGUAAAGAAUUAGAUACUAACCAAGCAACUAUUCUAAUUAUAUUCUUAAGGCAUUUAGAUGAAUUACAAAUAAAAAAGAAAAAAAAAUACAAGAUGAAAAUGGAUAUGAAAAAAAGAAAUAAAUUUUCCAAAAAAAAAUUAAUUUUUAAAGAUAAUAGUUACAUUGAUAGUACUCGUAAUCACCUCAUGGGAGCCUUAAAUAAAUCAAAUUCGACAAGAGUGUUAUCACAAGAUAAUGAAAAUGAGAAAAAUAAUCAUGAAAGCAUUAAUAAGGAUGAAAAUUUAUAUAAAUAUAAAUUUAAUGACAAUUUACAUGGCAAUUCAUUAGAUGGUAAUUCAAGACACGUCAAUUUAGGUGAUAUCAACUUAAUUAACAAAAAUUUAAUUAAUAAUUUAAGUAGUAAAAAUUUGAGUAAUAGCAAUUUAAGUGAUAUUAAUUUAAAUGAUGAUAAGAAUUACUACGAUUCUGAUAAAGAUACUUAUAAUAGUAGCUUUGAUUCAAGAAAUUCAGAAGAUAUAUUAAAUAAUAAAAUAAAUAAUUACUAUGCUCAAAAAUUAUUGACCAAAUCAGUUUCACAUAAAUUAUUAGGUUUUAAUAAUUCUUUGCAUUAUGCAUGUGCAAGAGGAAAAAGAGAAUUAGUCAAACAAUUAAUAAUAAGUGGAUUAUCUGUUAUGCUAUUAAAUGAUGAAGGUAGUACACCUUUACAUAUGGCUUCUUUUAAUGGGCACAACGAAAUAGUUAAAACUUUAAUUAAAUAUAAUAGUGAUGUUAAUUCUAUAACUUCUCAUGGUGAGACCCCUUUAAUGUUAGCUACAUAUGGCUUACAUUACGACGUAAUAAAAACUUUGAUUGAAAAUAAUGCAAAAAUAAUUACAAAAAAUAAUCAUAGUGUUACAAUAUUACAUUGCUUAGUAUAUGGAUUAUUAAGAACACACACAAUUUAUUAUAAAAACAAGUCAUGUAAAGAUGAUGUUUCUUCUCUUACGAUACAGGGUUUUAGUGAAUUAAAUUCUUCCAAAUAUUAUACUCAGGGGCCAGCAUACUUAAAUAUAAACUUUCUCACUGAACAAAUUCCAAUAAUAGAACAAUUAUCCCAUGAUUUUUUUCUUCUUCCUUUUAAAUUAUUACAUAGAAUAAAAAAAGCAAUAAUUAUCUUAAAAUAUUUAAUGUCUCAUUGUCCUAUAUAUUUAUAUGAAGUGAAAAACUCAAAUGGAUAUAAUCCAUUUGAAUUAUUAAAAGCAACUUGGAGAAAAUUAUCUGAAAAAAGAAUCGAAAUUUUAAGUGUUUCUGAUUUAAGAAUUUCAUCAUUUAGUGAAAAACAAAAAAAUGUAAUAUUUCAAGCAUGGUCGCUUAUAACUUCUCUAAUUAAUAUGAUUUUAUCAAUUUUACAACCAGAUAGAUCUGUUUUAACUUCUAUUUAUAAAAAAUUCAUCCAUUUAGACGAAAAUAUCAAACACUCUUCAAAAGAGUUAGAACAAAAUGAUAAAAAUGAUAAAAAUGAACAAACAGUAAAAGAAAAAUCAAAUAUUUCGAAAAAAGCGUUUUUAUUAAAAAAGUCACUUGCUAAAAUAAAACCACCAAUUCCAAAACAAAACUAA